GUUAAUAAACACUAAAAUCAAUAUACAGAUCAGUAUGUUAUGUUGGUAAUGUGAGAAUUGAUUUAACAUUCUGAGAAACAAAUGGUUGCCUCGGAGCUCCACUAAAAAAAUUAAAAAAUUGCAAUACAAUGUUGAAUUUACCAGAAAGUAUCAGUAGAAGCACCUAUUUUACUUAUAUGCAAAGUGAAAAUUUAGAGCCAGCAAGAAAAUUAAAAUCAGAAAAUUUUGAUUGGGAUGCUCAACAUCCAAAAUCCUUAGUUUCUAUUUGCAUUACUAAGUUAGCAGAGAGUUGGAUUGGCUAUCCGAAACUUGAGGAGCUCAUAGCGAAAGACCGAGAAUUGUUUUUACAGGUUUUAGAUACCAAUGUACCGCUGCAAAUUUUAGCUGAUAAUAUAAAAAGCAAUAUGUUUUGGAGAAAAUGUUAUUAUUCCAAAUGGAUUGAGGCGCCCCUCGUAUCCAAAGAUAAGAAAUGGAUAAAUAUAUUCAUGGAAAAAUAUUAUUCGGAUAUAUUAGAAAAUUUGAAUCCUCGUCAUUAUGAUCCAGAAAAGGUAACUACACUAGUGAAACUUUGUGGGCCUUAUAUACAAACACUUUCUAUUAGAAGUCUAAUUCCUUCAGAUAUUCCAAUUCAAAGAAUCACGUCACCGGAGAUGGCAGAUUUAGUUACAAGUCAAAGAAAAACUGAGACUAAAGUUCUACAAAAAAAUAAAAUCUGUAGAGAUCAUAUUUCAUUACACGCAGCUUUAGGAAGUUUGAUAAAUUUAGUAGAAUUGCAUAUUACAUAUCAAUUAAAGGCAACUGGAACUGAUUAUCGAUGUGAUCAAUUUCAAUUUACUAAUAAUGAUGCAAAGAAUCUUUCUCGUGGUUUGGAAAAAUGUGCACUGUUGAGAAUUCUCAGAAUUACAAGGACUGAUAUGAAUUGUCAAAAAGUCAAAUAUAUCUUGCGAGGUCUCUCCGAAAAAGAACAUUUGGAAACAUUAGAUUUUAGUCACUGUAAAAUUGGCGACGAUGGUGCAGCUUCAAUCGCAAAAUUCAUUACAAGAAGUGACAAUCUCAGAAAUUUGAAGAUAGCUGAUAACAUAUUUGGUCCAUUUGGUGCUGAAAGUAUAGCCCAUGCACUCAAUAAUUCUGGUUGCGGAAUUCGAAGCUUAGAUCUAAGCUUAAACACUAAUUUAGGAUCUGAAGGGAUAGCACAUAUCGCUGUGUCGAUAGCGAGAGGAUGCAGUCUAACGGAAUUGAAUAUAUCUGGUUGUGGCAUCAAGCCUGGGCCUUUAAAGAAGGCACCAAUUGGAGUUUGGUCUGCAACAAGUGCAGAAAAUCCACCAACAUGCGGAGACUUACUGGCCCGAGCAAUAGGUUUGGUAAAAACGCCUUUAAGGUCUUUGGAUAUUAGCGUGAACAAUAUUGGGACGCCGAGUGAUAACACUCUCUCGAACGCUAUUUGUCUAAGUUAUAUUACGGACGUUAAUUUAAAAAGAUCGGGUAUGGUACCUCUAUCAAUGGCUAUAGCUGAAUCAGCAGCAGCAGCUCAGAGACUACGAAAAGAGGCCGAAAAGGGUAUAAAAUUCAGAAGAAGUGCUGGCAGGGUCUUACAAGCUCGGAGAGUUGCAAAAGGAAUGAAUAUUGAUGCGGAUCCCAUUUUGCUAGCUCAACAAUUAUCAGCUCGACCUUCUAUAGUAUCAGUAGCUUCAGAAGAAGGAGUUUACAAUAUUCAAACACAGCCCUUGCCUACAGACUUUGGCUUUGUUCCUGCGUUCAAGAGUCCGUUGCCAUCUUCUCGUGCUUCGUCCAUAACAGGGCCACCAACAUCACGACGUUCAAGUCAUCAUAUUAUUUUAGAACCAGUGAAGGAAGUGCGACGUACUGCUUUAAUUCGACGUGGGUCUGAUGGAUCUUUAUUACAGCCACGUAGUAACGAGGAUAACGAAAGACAUAUCAAGAUUUUUGUGUCUUAAAACUGUAUAGAAGUCUACCGAGUCAAUUUUCAUUACAGGAAAUUAUCACCCGGUAUGACAUGUAACGGAAUCUAUAAAUUGGCUAUAUACCCUAGAUUAUUAUGUUUCCUGUAUUCCUAUUUUACUUCAAAUUUGAAAACAAUUAUAGAUUGGUUAAAAUGAUCGUUAUCGUCAUUUAUUGAUGAAAUCAAACCUGCUGUCAUAUCAACGAACUUUUUAUUGUUAACUUUUUAUUGUUGUGCAAUUAACAAAACAACAUAAAGUAGUGUCUGCCAUUU